UUAUUUAUUUAUAUCUACAAUGUCCCUAAAACACAAAUUCCUGGUUUUGAUUUUUUUCAGUGUAGCUUCGUCGGAUUAAUGGCUUCUUCCUUCCUGAUUGGCCUUUCAGCCCAACAGGCCUGAUUUAUCUGGGCGUAAUGACUCUCUCUCCACCUUAAAACUCGCCCACUGGGGUUCCUCAUCUAUUCUGAAUGAGCCAAUCAGAAGCUGACAAAGCAGUGACAUCAUCAUCUGAAGGUUUGCUUCGUCUCCUGCAGGUAUGUGAACGGAAAAACCUACAUGGAGGACGUGGCGGACGCUCUGGAGGAGGCCAAGGAGGAGAUCUUCAUCACUGACUGGUGGUUGAGUCCAGAGAUCUUCCUGAAGCGGCCGGUCGUCGAGGGGAACCGAUGGCGUCUCGACUGCAUCCUGAAGCGCAAAGCGCAACAAGGCGUUCGGAUCUUCGUGAUGCUCUACAAGGAGGUGGAGCUGGCUCUGGGAAUCAACUCCGGCUACAGCAAGCGGACGCUGCUGCGCCUCCACCCCAACAUCAAGGUGAUGCGGCACCCCGACCACGUCUCCUCCGCCGUCUACCUGUGGGCGCAUCACGAGAAGAUCGUGGUGAUCGACCAGUCGGUGGCGUUCGUGGGCGGCAUCGACCUGGCGUACGGCCGCUGGGACGACCGCGAGCAUCGGCUCACCGACAUCGGCAGCGUGACGCUGUCGCACCUGGAGCAGGCUGCAGCCGCGGCCUCCAGCUCAGCGGCGCCCUCCGGUGGCGGCGGCCAGAACAAGGUUUUCUCGGUGAUGGACUCUGGAGAUCAGCCCAAGCUGAAGAGUCAGGGGAGGAUGAGGAGGACGAGGAUGAGCAUCAAGAAGCACCUGCAGAAACACGGGCUGGCGCGCGCCGACAGCGACAGCGACCUGGAGGAGGAGGAGGAGGAGAGUUGGUCGUCCAGCAUCAACAGCCAGCAGACUCUGAUUCCCGGCCGGCUGCUGGAGCUGCGGGCGGCGGCGCCGCUGCCGCUCGCCCAGGCCGGUGAGUCCCGGCACGACGGCCACCAGACCCGUUUCCCAGCAUGCACUGCUGUGGAUUUGACCUUUACUCGACAACCUUUGGUCCUCUGGGUCAAAGGUUGAUCUUUGUUUUUAAAAACAGAGAAUCUGUGGUGGUUUUUAUGAUGUC